CACGUGCAUCCAGGUCAACAACGCGUCGGCCUCUGCAGCCCCGAGGGCCAUUGAAUGCGGACAACGCUUCGAAAGUGAACAUCAUGCAUCAACUUCCAAGACUUGCAAUACCCACCCACUCAUUGACUGCAUUGUCUUUGUCAGAUUCUCAUGUGGUCCUUCCUCACGAGUUUGAGACCAUCCCCCUCGGUUUCAUAGCAUUUGAUAUGUAGCUUUUAAGUUUUUGUUUUGCGAGCUGCCUUUAAUCUCGGGCAACACAAGCUACACAACUCUACAUGCGAUGAACCUUGAAGGGUGCUGUCCAGCGGAAGGGCAGAAGUGACGGCAUCUGUUGCGUCUAAGUCAUGGCUUGCUGUGCGCCUGCGGCCAAUGGAAGCCAGCCCAAUGGGGCGUCGGAGCAGCAUACCGAAGUUGUAGCAAGGGGCCCUGGCUAUGCCACGCCCCUUGACGCGUUCAACAGCGGGGAGGUGGAGAAGCUGCUAUAUGUUGUAGCGGUGUACACGGGCACCGCCAUCAAGAAGCCCGACUACCUGGCCACGAUCGACGUGGACCCCGCUUCGCCCACGUAUUCCCAGAUCAUCCACCGUGCGCCGGUCCCGUUUGUUGGCGACGAGCUGCACCACACCGGCUGGAACGCGUGCAGCUCCUGCCACAACUUGCCCGGCGUUCAACGCAAGUACCUCGUCGCGGCGGGCGUGCUGUCUUCGCGCAUCUAUGCGUUCGACGUGCUAACCGACCCGCGGGCUCCCACGGUUGCCAAGAUCGUCGAGCCUGAGGAGAUUCAAAGGUUCGGCCUGGCGUUCCCUCACACGUCCCACUGCCUUGCGACCGGCGACGUGAUGAUCUCGUUCAUGGGCGACGUCGAGGGCAACUCGAAGGGCUCAGGAUUCUUGCUCCUCGACAGCAACUUCAAGCCCAAGGGGCGCUGGGAGGCGACAGAUAAGGACUCCCCGCCUUUCGGAUACGACUUCUGGUACCAGCCUCGUCACAACGUGCUGAUCAGCAGCUCAUGGGGCGCGCCCAAGGCCUUCACCAAGGGCUUCAACCCGGCCCACGUGGGCGAGGGCCUGUACGGACAGGAACUUUACGUGUACGACUGGACGCACCGGACGCUCAAGCAGAAGCUGGACCUCGGGGGAACGGGGCUCAUUCCGCUCGAGAUUCGCUUCUUGCACGAGCCCAACCGGUCCGAGGGCUACGUGGCAUCCGCUCUGAGCAGCACGCUUGUCCGCUUCUUCAAGAAGGAGGACGACACGUGGGACACCCAGGUGGCCGUUACUGUUCCGCCGAAGACGGUGGAGGGCUGGGCGCUGCCUCACAUGCCGGGCCUGAUCACUGACUACGUCAUCUCGCUGGACGACAAGUACGUCUACUUCAGCAACUGGCUGCACGGGGAUAUCCGCCAGUAUGACAUCAGCGACACGGCGAACCCCAAGCUAGUGGGCCAGGUGUUUGUUGGGGGGUCUAUUGCCAAGGGCGGGCCAGUCAAGGUGGUUGGGGAAGAGCAGCCCACCGUGCCAACCGUUAAGGGCCACACGCUGCGCGGUGGCCCGCAGAUGAUCCAGCUGAGCCUGGACGGGUCGCGGCUGUACGUCACCAACUCGCUUUUCAGCAGCUGGGACAACCAGUUCUACCCGGACCUCGUCUCGGGGGGUUCGCAUAUCCUCAAGAUCAACGUGGACAAGGAGAAGGGCGGGCUCACUAUCGACCCCGACUUCUUCGUCGAUUUUGGCACCGAGCCUGAGGGCCCCGCCCUGGCGCACGAAGUGAGAUACCCCGGGGGCGACUGCACCUCUGACAUCUGGACUUGAAGCUGCCCGGGACGCUAGAACCGGGUCUGCGGUUGAACAGGUCGUGCGCCCGACCAUAGGCUUCGCUUGGGGAAGCUCGGGUGGAGUUAAUGCAGUGCGCUAAAGUCGAAUGAAGCAGCAGUUGCGGGAAAAUCUUUGUCAAAACGUUUUAUAUGUACAGAGAAACUUAUAUAUAUGUAGAUUGCUAGUGCGUAGAUAAGGUUCGAGUCCGUUGUCAGAUCGGGAUCAGGAUGUGUAGCGCAGCGCCGAAGAGCCCAUAUGUCCUUUACAGUCGUUGACGAGACGCGUGCUGAGAGUGUCCUUACUGAGGUUGUCAAGUCCGGCCGCCGGGCCCGGCGGCUCUUAGAGCCCGGUCCCCAUCGCCGCUCUUUCAGAGUAGUACCGAGGGAGAAUGAGGCUGAGAACAAAAGCUUUGAGAAGGAUCCAUUUGAGUCACCUAGAAUACCGGUUUUGAAUCUUGUGGUUUAAUGCGACCUUAAGGUCAUCAUGAACGCAACCGUCGUGCACUGUUGAAGCCUCCAGUCGGAUCCUGUGCGCGAACGGUCACUCCCAU